CGAUUCAGAUAUGACAUAUGAACUUUCGCUCAGCACGAUACAAUAUUAUUUACUAUCCCCAUUUUGUUUAAAUCCGAUACGAUAUGGAUACGAUUUUGGCAAUAAAGGGCAGGGACUUUGUCCUACUCUCCGCUGACACAGUGGCAGGCAAAGGCCUUUUAAUGUUGGAUCAAGACAAAUCGAAGAUAAAACGUAUCAGUGAUUUUGCCAUGAUUGCUGCCGCGGGCGAUGGAGGAGACCCUCAUCGUUUUAUAAACUACAUCGCGAGAUAUAUGGAUUUGCAUAGAGUGCAACAUAAUGGACUAAGUCUGUCCGUGAAGAGCAUUGCUCACUUUGCCGGCAAGCAGAUAAAUGCUAAUGUGCAUGCCAAUCUCGAAAUCAGGGUCUACGCACUGAUUGCUGGCUGGGAUACGCAGGCGGGUCCUCAAUUGUAUCAAAUCGACGAGUUUGGAGGCUUAAUUUCCGUUCCACAUAGUGGCCAAGGCUUGGGCCUACCCUUAUUUAACUCAAUUCUUCAAAAGUACUAUUCCCAGGAUAUUGAUGAACCGACAGCCUACAAUGUAUUAAAGAAAUGCGUGGCAGCAGUCCAUGAGCGUCUCACUCUCAAUAUGCGCAACUUUGAGGUGUUUGUUGUAAAGGAAAAUGGCAUCACCAAGCUGGAUACUAUCACUGCGGACUCUUUAAAGAUGGCCCGCCAUUGAGUCUUUAAAAUAUUGAUUUUAUAUCUCACAAAAACUUUGUACACACAAGUCGGAUACACCUAUACCCUUAAGUUCCCGGAAAUAAAUACAAUACAAGAGUAUCGGGUAAUAGAUUACUUUCCCUAAUUGUCCACAAAUAUUAUAGAGCAUAGAACACGCACCUAGCGAGUUCCUAAAAAAUAAAUUAUAACUAAAAUAAAACAAAUUCAAAGUUGA